UACAAUGACAAAUAUGUGCAUUCAUGUCAGGGAGCACAAAGGAGCCGUGACUUUGUAUGUGACUCAUUCAUGGAGGGCUGUUUCUGCCCUGAGGCUACCAUCUUGUUCAACACAUUCUCUGACACCUGUGUUCGUGACUGUGGAUGCACAGGACCUGAUGGAAAACCCAAACAGUUUGGUGAGACUUGGUACAGUAACUGCCAGAAGUGCACGUGUAAUGCUGACACACUGAGUGUCCAGUGUGAACCAGUGAAAUGUCCGCCCCAAGAAAUUGUUACCUGUAAGAAAUACGGGGAGGUGUUGGUCAACGAGACGGUGGACUGCUGUCAGAUAAAUACAUGUGUGGCCAAACCUGUUUGUGUCCACAACAAUACUGAAUACACGCUUGGGGAGUUUUGGUCGCCCCCUAGUGACCGCUGUGUGAAGUAUGAAUGCACAAAGACAAACAACCAGUUCAUCAUUGUGGAAUCCAAAUUUAAAUGCCCAGUGUUCCGUCCAGAGGACUGUGUCCCUGGAACUGAGAAAACUGAUGCAAAUGGAUGUUGCACAACCUGCACUUUAAUCAGUCACUGUGAUGUGAAGAACACCACCACCUACCUAGAGGUGAAUAACUGCAGGUCCUCUGUGCCGGUGGAAAUCUCAGCCUGCGGGGGAUCCUGUGGAACAUCUUCUAUGUACUCUGCAGAGAAAAACACCCUGAUGCACUCCUGCUCCUGCUGUCAAGAGAUGUCUACCAGUGAGAGGAAGGUGGAGAUGGUCUGCCCUGACGGGAAGAAGAUCAUGCAGUCCUACAUUUACAUUGAUAAGUGUGGCUGCCAUGACUCUGAGUGUGACAAGAACAACCACUUAGAUUAGGCCUUGAAGAAUGAAGUCUUUUGAAGUGUUCUUAUUUACCUGCAUGGAAUAUUAAAUAGUUUUAUCUAAAGGGAACCAAUAGGGUCUGUCUCAUUAUCAUAUAGGCUACUUUCAUGAACUGCAUGUCCUUUCUCUCUACACUAUCAUAGACAUUAUGCAAACCUAUUAAACUGAUGAAGAAGCAUGAA